CGUGCCGGAGCCGCUCUCCCAGCAGUUUCGCUGCACAGGGCAGGCAGCCUACUGUGUGGCUGCGCGAGAGCAGACAGUAUGUGGUGGUGGUGGUGGUGGUAAUGGCUGCCAGAGAAAGUGAGACUGACAACAAAUGAAUCCUUGAGCGAAGACCGAAAGUGAGGAAGAGGAUGGUAAGCAGCCAGCCAAAGUACGAGCUGAUUCAGGAGGUGGGGCGCGGCAGCUACGGCGUGGUGUACGAGGCGGCGGUGAGGAGCACGGGGGCCCGCGUGGCCGUCAAGAAGAUCCGCUGCCACUCGCCGGAGAACGUGGAGCUGGCCCUGCGCGAGUUCUGGGCGCUGAGCAGCAUCCAGAGCCAGCACCCCAACGUCAUCCACCUGGAGGAGUGCGUGCUGCAGCGGGACCGGCUGGCCCAGAGGAUGAGCCAUGGCUCCAGCUCCCCGCUCUACCUGGAGCUGGUGGAGACCUCCCUCAAGGGGGAGAUCAUGUUUGACCCGUGCUGCGCCUACUAUCUGUGGUUCGUCAUGGACUUCUGCGACGGCGGCGACAUGAACUCCUACCUGCUGUCCCGCAAGCCCAGCCGCAAGACGAACACCAGCUUCAUGCUGCAGCUGGGCAGCGCGCUGGCCUUCCUGCACCGCAACCAGAUCAUCCACCGGGACCUCAAGCCCGACAACAUCCUCAUCUCGCAGGGCCGCACGGCCGCCGGCUGCCCCGAGCCCACCCUGAAGGUGGCGGACUUCGGCCUGAGCAAGGUGUGCUCCUCCUCCGGGGUGAACCCCGAGGAGCCGGCCAGCGUCAACAAGUCGUUCCUGUCGACGGCGUGCGGCACGGACUUCUACAUGGCGCCCGAGGUGUGGGAGGGCCACUACACGGCCAAGGCGGACAUCUUUGCGCUGGGCGUGAUCAUCUGGGCCAUGGUGGAGCGCAUCACCUUCGUGGACGUGGAGACCCAGAAGGAGCUGCUGGGCAGCUACGUGCAGCAGGGCACCGAGAUCGUGCCGCUGGGCGAGGCGCUGCUGGAGAAUCCCAAGAUGGAGCUGUUGAUCCCGGCCCGGAAGAAGAGCAUGAACAGCCACAUGAAGCAGCUGAUCCGGGACAUGCUGUCGGCCAACCCCCAGGAGCGGCCCGACGCCAUGGAGCUGGAGCUGCGGCUGGUGCGCAUCGCCUGCCGGGAGCUGGACUGGGACACGUGACCCGGGCGGACAGGACCCGGACACGGACACGGCCUAGGCUCGAGGCGAAGCACACUCGCCACGUCUUUGGGACAUCCCUUCAGCAAUCGGGUUUUAUUGUAAUCUAUUCUAAUUGGAAGGUUCUUUCUAAGCUAACGUAAUGAAUGAGGACGGGAACUAUCCGCCAGCACUGCUAAGUGAUUCCUUCCUAGAGUGGUUCGUCCUAACAGGGCAAUCAGUUGACGAGGAAAGGGGACACACACAUGCACACACACACACACCCCUAACUAAUGACCCACCAGGACAGUGUGUCUGGCUGCACUGCUUUAUAACAGAUCCUAUCCACAUCAACAACCCUUACCUAAACCUAGCUAUCUCUAUACCAGCAAUAACCUUUUCAAACAGACAACUUCUGUUUCUUUCAAAUCCUACACAUCCACACACAUGGUGCUAAAUUGUGAUAUGUAAUGCAAAAUGAGGCCGUACCCUGUGAACUUCAAUGGAAACACACACGCUUCCAUGCUUCAAUAUUUGGUGUGCUCAAUGGAAUCUGUAUCUUUGGUGGAACCAGUUCUGUCUCCCUGCACCCUUGUUGGCAAGGGAUUUCAGCGUGGCAUAUUACCACCAGCAUCUGACUACUCCUUUAUAUUUCUACACAAAUGAUAGGCUGUGUACAAUAUGCCGCACCAAUUAGUCACACUACACUCGUGAACUCCGUGAACGAAAUGCUCAGGUUAACAAUUUGCAGGAUUUGUGUAGACAAACAUUUUUGAUUGACUAACCCCAACACCUAUGGGUAAACUUUGGUGCUUUCAGAUACGCUCUUCUUUCCCCCUGUGAUGGCAGUUGGUCUGAUGUUGGCUGCUGUUAUUAGUGGGGCUGGGUGUUGGGUGGGGCCCUGUUAUCAAGCAGCGCUCAGCCGGUAGGUUGCUAGUUCACUUCCUUCUACCAACAACCAUAUCCCACCAGAUUCGUAUCACGGAAAGACGGUAGAAGAUUAGGUAUUUUGGUAACUUGGGACACUAUGAGGAGGAAACGACAUGAGCAAGUUCACCAGAACCUGUAAUGACCGGCCUGACAUCCAGAUCAAUGAAAGUCUGUAAAUAUCAAAAAGAUGAACAGGUUUCGAUGUCCAUGUACUUAACUGACGACUGUGCUUGAUUUGUGUCAUCCUACGAGAUGUGAGAUUUGGAAGGGAAUUUGAAUUCAAAUGCCUGUGAUUUUCUUAGUAUAUGUUGGAUGUGGGGGAGCUUUAGUAAAUCUCUGAAUGCACUUUUGGUUCUUUUGGUUUAAAUUUUUCUUUUUUUCACUCCCCUCUGUCUCUUUUUGGUAUUUUGACUGUGUUGGGCGAGGUGGAAUAACAGCAAUCAACGGUUGUUUACCACCUGGAAUGAACACUCAUACACACUCGGCUCCGCGAGCCUCUGCAUAGUUGUCGUUUAUUUGGCAUUGUAAACCAUUGUGUCUACUCCACACUGUCAACGUGCCCCGUUCCCCUCGACCCCAGGAGCUCACCCCUAAUCCCAUUCACCGGGCUUCAGACAGUCAUGCUAAGCCUAUUAAAUUGUGGGUGUUGGGAGAGGGAUCACUGUUUCUUUAUUUAUUCAUUUCCUUUGAGGUCAUGAUUUCCUAAUGCACUGACGUUAGCUAUGUGGCGUAUGUGUCGGGUGUAUUGUCUUCCAUAACCCCCCCCGGAUCUAGAUCAAAUGUUUCAAUAUUAAGUCUGGCCUUAAAGGGGACCUAUUAUGCUUUUUCGACCUUUAUGACCUAAAAACGUUGUUAUAAUGAUUGAUAGUCAUAAUUAACCAUACACAAAAAACGAUGUAGAUUUUCGGGAAACUCUUCCUCUCAUCUGGGCGCUUUCAGCAUUCUCUGUCAACGCUCGGUUUCGUCCUUCUCUGCCCCCUCGCCCCCCUCCUGCCGACCCAACUCCGUUGUGAUUGGUUACCUUCCUUGAAGCGCGUGCGCGCGCGGGUAGAUUUGACCCGGCAUAUGGAGGUGCGGCAGGAGUGCAUCUGCGUAGAUGAUUUCCCGGAAAUGUGAACAAGUGGAUGCAAACGCUGUCCCGAGUGUUUAGCGCUCUGCACAGCCACCCCAGACUGUCAGCUGGGAAUACGUCGAAAUGCGUGUACGUCAUUAUUUGACACUUUAGUAUGGUUACAUGACUAUCAAUCAUAACAACGUUUUUAGGUCAUAAAAGUCGAAAAAGCAUAAUUCCUCUUUAAAGAUGCAGUCUCAUGCAUUGCCAUUUGACACUGCCUCAUUAUUGUUCAACUCGCUCAUCAAUUUGCUCGCUCUCGAUACAGGGAGGUGCUGGGGGGAUGUGCCCCAGCACUGACACGGCCCGUGGUGUGGCGUAUGUGUCGUUGUUUUCUACCCCUGGGCGUACUUAAGUGCAUACACAGGACAUCAUUAAUUAAACACAAGCUCACCUGAGUCACUGCGCUAGACAGUUCCCCUGUGCUGGAGGAAUGUGCUCUGUCCUCCAGACUAGACUAUUUAUGUUCCAAGGCUCCAAGGCCAGUGUUCAGACAUAUUUUGAUGGACUGGGUACUUAAGGCAAGAGCCGGUUGCUUUCCCUUGUCUCAAGCUAGAUAAACAACUGCUUGGCACCCCCCCUGCCCCACUUUUUUUUUCUUUUAUGUAAAUACUGUACAUGAUCUACAGGGGAUAAACAUGGUUGAUGUACAUUGGAUUGUGGAUGCGUGCUCUGUUUUCAAGAGCCUUGUUUUGUUGAGAUGUAAUUUGCUGUGAUGAGUUUGUUUUUGUACUCUCAAACUGUGCGGCUUACAUUUAUUUAUGGCAACAAAAAAAAAGUGUGGUAUAUUUGCAAUGAAUAAUUCUGGGGUGUUGAGAUUAAUUAUACAUUUUCCAUUGGUUUAACGUGUGUGACUGUGUGUACAGGUCGGUGGGGAAAAAAAAAGCUUCCUGGUUGUCUUUGGGCCAUCACCUUUGGUCUCAAGAUAUACGACUCUGUUUCAGGUCCCAAGUGCAGAAACCAUUUGCUAAAUAUUGAACCUUAAUCAGAAAUGUGCAGGAAUUUACAGCCAGGUCUGGUCUCUCACUUUUGUACCAACAAUUUUUGCUCUUGCCAUUGUCAAAUUAUUUUUAACAGAUUAAAUGAAAUUUAUCUUAAA